AUGGAUUCGACCAAGGCAGACACCAUCGUGGUCGUUGCACACGGAGACCAAAGGCCUGGGGCCUUUUCGAACCAAAACGUCAAGAUCAUCACCCGUUCGGGCCAACCCUUGUCGUUUCAAGAGGCCAUCGACUACAUGGAAGGAAAGAGCAGUCCUGGAGAAUUCGCGUCUUCAUCACUAGGUGACUACUAUCCGCUGUCUGACGAGGACUGCAAAGGCCUUUUCCAUGGCAAUGUCCCUGGUGAAGGGCCCCAGAGCGCGGUUGGACUAGUAGCAACCGGAUCAAAAGUCAAAGUCAAGAAUUGGCCAAUCUUCGCGCUUCGCGGUGAUGGCGACAAAAAAAUGUCUUUUGUGGAGCUUUGCCUGGCAGCCAAGAAAGAGGGGACCAAUGUCAUGAUCCUUGCGUGCCGUGUCCCCAAAGAUCCGGGAGAACACUAG